AUGCCUCCAAAACAAUCCCACUCCUACCUGCUCCAGGACCGGGAGUCACCCCCCAGACAACCUGACGCAGGCGCCUACACCCUCCACGACAUCGAUCCCUUGGCCGGGGCGCUCGAGCCCCUCGUCCUCGACACCAGCCUCCUCGCCUGCCGCGACACGAGCAACAACAUCUCCGCACUAGGGUACAUCUGCGCGGUCGAGCCCCUCGUGCGCCGGUACUCCCUUCCCCGCCCCCAGAUGAUGGCAAAGCACGGCUAG